GUUCCAGCUUCUGCCGCACGCCCGGCUCUGGUCCCGGCACCAUGAGCUUCGGCUCGGAGCACUACCUGUGCGCCUCCUCCUCCUCCUCCUACCGCAAGGUGUUCGGGGACGGCUCUCGCUUGUCCGCGCGCCUCUCCGGGGCGGGCGGUGCAGGCAGCUUCCGCUCGCAGUCGCUGUCCCGCUGCAGUGUGGCCUCCUCGGCUGCCUGCUCCUCGGCCUCCUCGCUCGGCCUGGGCCUGGCCUACCGCCGGCCGCCGGCGUCCGACGGGCUGGACCUGAGUCAGGCGGCUGCGCGCACCAACGAGUACAAGAUCAUCCGCACCAACGAGAAGGAGCAGCUGCAGGGCCUCAACGACCGCUUCGCCAUGUUCAUCGAGAAGGUGCACCAGCUGGAAACACAGAACCGCGCGCUCGAGGCCGAGCUGUCCGCGCUGCGGCAGCGCCAAGCCGAGCCGUCGCGCGUCGGCGAGCUCUUCCAGCGCGAGCUGCGCGAUCUGCGUGCGCAACUGGAGGAGGCGAGCUCAGCGCGCGCGCAGGCCCUUCUGGAGCGCGACGGGCUGGCCGAGGAGGUGCAGCGGUUGCGGGCGCGCUGCGAGGAAGAGAGCCGCGGGCGCGAAGGCGCCGAGCGCGCCCUGAAGGCGCAGCAGCGCGACGUGGACGGCGCCACGCUGGCCCGCCUGGACCUGGAGAAGAAGGUGGAGUCGCUGCUGGACGAGCUGGCCUUCGUGCGUCAGGUGCACGACGAGGAGGUGGCCGAGCUGCUGGCCACGCUGCAGGCGUCAUCUCAGGCCGCAGCCGAGGUGGACGUGGCUGUGGCUAAGCCAGACCUGAGUUCGGCACUGAGGGAGAUCCGCGCCCAGUAUGAGUCCCUGGCCGCCAAGAACCUUCAGUCCGCCGAGGAAUGGUACAAGUCCAAGUUCGCCAACCUGAACGAGCAGGCGGCACGCAGCACUGAGGCCAUCCGGGCCAGCCGCGAGGAGAUCCACGAGUACCGUCGCCAGCUGCAGGCACGCACCAUCGAGAUUGAGGGGCUGCGCGGGGCCAACGAGUCCUUGGAGAGGCAGAUCCUGGAGCUGGAGGAGCGGCACAGCGCUGAGGUGGCCGGCUACCAGGAUAGCAUUGGGCAGCUGGAGAAUGAUCUGAGGAACACCAAGAGUGAGAUGGCUCGCCACCUGCGGGAAUAUCAAGACUUGCUCAAUGUCAAAAUGGCUCUUGACAUUGAGAUAGCAGCGUACAGGAAACUGCUGGAAGGUGAAGAGACCCGUUUUAGCACCAGUGGAUUAAGCAUUUCAGGGCUGAAUCCACUUCCCAAUCCAAGUUAUCUGCUCCCAUCUAGAAUCUUCAGUUCUACAACCUCCAAAGUCUCAUCCACUGGGCUGUCACUUAAGAAAGAGGAGGAGGAAGAGGAGGCUUCCAAGGUAGCUUCUAAGAAAACCUCCCAGAUAGGGGAAAGUUUUGAAGAAAUAUUGGAGGAGACAGUAAUAUCUACUAAGAAAACCGAGAAAUCAAAUAUAGAAGAAAGCACCAUUUCAAGCCAAAAAAUAUAAUUCAGUUGCUUAAAAAAAGUUAAUGCUUUAGAGGGAAUAAUAUGCAUUUGACUCGUUAAACAGUCUGUUCCUGAACCAAAACACCUGUCACCACUAUAAAAUGUCUUCAAGACUUCAGUCUCAUACUUAGUAUUGAAUACUUUCUCUAAUAAGAAAAUCACCCCUUAGAUUGGAGCAAACUACAGUCCUGGAACAAUCACAGAAGAGUUAUCUAAGAAUACGGCCUUCUUACCUACAGCUCAGGCUUCAUAGCAAUAGAUGAUUCAGAUGCAGAGGAAGUACAAACUAAGGUGCUAAAUCUGUGAUCAUCAUCAUUUGCUGUGAAUAGAAAUUAAAACCUACAUCACUCACUAUACCCAGUCAUUACCCAGCUAUAUAAUCUCACUUUAGAUACCUAAAACAUAAGAUCACUGCCAAAGAGAAACCUAUGGUUCACACCUAACGCCACUCUGAUGGAACUGUUCCACAAAUGAUAGGUGUUGCUUAAAAGACAUUUUCCUUUCCACUGCCACCUCAAUUCCAUAGUCUUUUUCUUCCAUCCGUGGAAGAAAAAAAAGAAAAGCUAUUGUAGUAUUCUUCCCUUUUAAACACUUUAGAUUCUUUUCAAAAGAGCUUACCCCCUUGAGCACUCCUUGCUCAAGGGGUAAAAUUAGAUGCAUGUUGACCAUUUCUAUGACUCGUGUAAUGACUUCUCUCUGCCAUUUCAUAUCCUUCUAAUUCUGUAGGUUAAAAAAAAAUAAAAGGCAGUGAUGAGUUUUAAGGGUUGUCCCCAAACAAAUAAAAUACUGGAGUCCUUAGAUUGUAGGCUUUGAACUUACUCAAAUCCAUUUAAUUAGGGAAAAAAAAUGACUAUUAAAAAUUUAGUUUUCACCUUAAAUUUAGAGGCACAGUAAUAGUUAUCCCAAACUGUGAUUAAGCUGACCUUAGAUUUAGUAGUGUAAGUUAGAAGCGGUGAGUAUUUCUAUGAAUGAAAAAAGCCAAGGUCUCAUUUAUCUGUCUAUGUCAGUUCAUUUGUGGUGAUACAUAGAAUUAGCUGUUCCAUGUUCUUACCCUUAAACAGAAUCCAUAUUUCCUCUUCCCACUAGUCUAGGCCCUAAAGAGGCCUUGUUUUCACUCUCCUAUGCCUUUUAAGAGUGCUUAAGUGUAGGAUAUUUUGUCACCAGGACGCAAUGCUACUGCCCAAAAGUAAAAAUAUAUAUACAUAUAUAUAUAUAUACAACCAUUUCUGGUCAAGCAAUACCACCAACAGAUAUAAAAAAUCUUUCUCUUUUCUAAAAGUCUUUCCGACAACACUUUCCACAUUGCUGCGCAAUUGGCAGGGUCUCCUUUCCUUGCUGGAGAGGAAGAGGCAUUCAGAACAGAGGAGGGGUGCUCAUGCCCCUACUCACUUGCUAGGAAGUAGCUUCUGGAGAGUCACCUUCUCAUCUGCCCAGCUGUAUAGCAUCUGCAUUGUCCAGUCCUUCAUGUGUGCCAAAUUCAGUGCAGGAUUUAUUCUCUGUCAGCAGUCACUUCCACUAGAGUUAAAGAGUUUCCCGUGUCUGUUAGACAGAUCUCCACUGAGAGCUCUUGGGUGAUCAGGAUGGAUGCUUUUACUGAACUUAUUCUAACACAUGCCUCAAUAAUUCAAGGAACUUGAAAGAUACUUUUCUUCUUCCCCCUUACCCCACCUCUGUCUUUACUCCUCACUCAUACUGUAAGGCAUUAGUAAAAUAAGAAAUAAAAGUCACACGAAUCCCACCAAC